AUGGUUUCCGAGCGUCAAAUUCAGGUAGACAGUGGUACCGAUUACGAUAACCUGAGCAGUACACCGAACACAGAUACGGACGAAAAAACAAUUACUGCAGAGAGCACAUGUGAGGAGAGUAGCAGUUCACAACGUAGUUCAAGCUCAACACCCACGAUUCAGCACUGUGAUCGUGAGGAAACUGCUGAGAAGCCGAAAUCAUCCAAUGCAACAACUGCAAUUAAUACGGGUGAUUUCAUUAAAAUUCUUUUACAUCAUAUCAGGUUCUUACAGGACACUGAAGAGAAAAAUUCCUCGUUGAAAUGCGCGAAACUGUUUAAUCAAAUGAUUCAUAAGCAAUAA